AUGAAGAAGAAUCAUCUGAAUCUGAUGGCAGCUCUUUCUGAGAACCUGCUGACAGUCAACAUGUUACUGAUUGUCUUCUUUCCAGCUACUUUUGCUGAUUGUGGUGAUAAAAACCCAAACCUCAGAAUCACUACACCAAAGAAGAUUGAAGCUCUGAAUGGAUCUUAUUUGGAAAUCCCAUGUAUCUAUAAUACAGAGAAUACCAGCUAUAACAGCAGCAGAACUAUCUAUGGAGUUUGGAUGAAAGGUGGUACCAAUUUUGUCUCUGAUCCAAAGAUAGUUAUUUUCAACAGCAGUGGGUCAGUUAACACCUAUUCACUGAAUAUUACUGGAAACCUGAGAGAGAAAAACUGCACCACUCUGUUUCCUGAUGUAAAGACCAGUUAUGCAGACAGAUACUUCUUCAGGAUUGAGAACGAGCCGUUUAAAGCAACAGCUUGUGGUGAUCCUCUCAGUAUAACAGUUAAAGAUUCUCCUUGGAGUCCCAGCAUUAAUAUCCCUGUUGGUGAUCUGAAGGAGCAUCAGUCUGUCACUAUAAGCUGCUCAGCUGUGACUCCCUGUCCACACUCACCUCCUGAACUCACCUGGAAUCUCCAACAAGACUCUGAGAGACAAACAGAGAAAAACGCAGAUGGAACCUUUACAACUAAAAUCCAGGAGACCAUCACUCUGUCAGACACACAUGAUGGAUACAACAUCAGCUGUUCUGCCAGAUAUCCUGUGAAUGGAGGAAGCAAGACAGCAGAGACAGAAGUGACUCUCAGUGUUUCAUAUGCUCCUAAAGACACCUCAGCAUCCAUCAGUCCAUCAGGUUUGGUGUCAGCAGGUAGCUGGGUGGAGCUGAGCUGCUCCAGCAGAGCCAAGCCUCCUGCCAGCUUCACCUGGUUCAGGAACAGCAAACAUGGAGCCAUUAAUGUAUCUGUGGGGCAGGUUUACAGCUUCAAUGUUACUGAGGGAGGAGAGUAUUACUGUGAGGCUACAAAUGAUCUGGGGAAUCAGAGAUCAGCAGUGAUUCUACUUAAUACUGAAGCAAAAGGUUAUCUUUUCUUGGUCACAGUUGCAAUUGGAGACUUUUUGUUCGUCUGUCUGGUUCUUUCUGUCUGGUGCCUUAAGACCAAAUGUCCAACUCCAGAUCAGACCCAGAGUCAAACAUGUCAGGAGGUUUCUGAUCAAAUUGCAGCCAAUGAAACAGAGGAAGAACUUCAUUAUGGAGACAUUACUGUCCUCCAGAGGCGGCCUGAAGCUUCCUCUGUCUCAGUGCAGGACGAUGGACAGCAGGAGACAGAGUACGCUCAGGUUCAAGUGUCUACUGACCAUCCAGAGGAUCUCUAUGCACAAGUGAAGAAGAAAUAACUUCUGACACUGAUCUGGAAUUAAAUAAGGGAUUUUAACUAUGGAAAUGUUAUGAAUAUAUGUUAAGUUUCUUGUCACACUUUAUUGACAGGAAAAUCUCAAUCCUCUUAGAUAUUCAUCCCUUAUGAUUUACAGUUUAUCCACAACUUAGAAUAGCUUGAUGGAUAAUAAAAAAUUAUGCAUGAUCAUGUUAUUUUAUUUCAGCUCUUGAUGCUUUGUAAAGUUAAACCAAUCUUAACUUAGCAUGUUUCAUAUGAAGAUGAAGUUGUACCUUAUUGUGGUUGGUGGUAGAGAUUCACUGACCAGGACUGUGUUUUAGAUUUCUUUGCAUUUGUAAAGCUUUGAGGUUACUGCAGCAAUUUUAGUUCAGUAUGAUUUCUCUUCAAUACUUUCUUUUUAUAUUAUUUCAACUCGGAGUAAAUUUUAUUUCAACAUUUUCUCUAAUCCUUUGACAAUUAGAUUUAUUUUCUUAAUAUAUAAGAAUUUCAUAUAUAAUAGAAAUGCUGAAAUA